AUGGAAUUCACUCUUGAGCCCAAUCGACCAAUGAAGCAUGUCGACCGUAAAGCCCUGUACACCCGUCUAGAGGCGCGCAUCACUUACCUGCGAGACUUCCUGGACUUCAAUUCAAGUGACGUUGAGGCAUUGGUGGCAGGCUCCAAGUAUAUCAAGGCCCUGAUCCCUGCCGUGGUCAACAUCGUCUAUAAGAAACUUCUCGAGUCCGACAUCACCGCUCGUGCCUUCCACACGAGAGAUACCGCCGACGAUACCCCCGUCGAGGAGUUCUUCACUGAAGAAAGCCCCCAGAUCCAACGUCGCAAGAUGUUUUUGCGUUGGUACUUGAUUAAGCUGUGUUCCGACCCUUCUCAGAUGGAAUUCUGGCGGUACUUGAACAAAGUUGGAAUGAUGCACACUGCCCAGGAACGUCUGUACUCGCUCAACAUCGAAUACAUCCAUAUCGGCGCUUGCCUCGGAUUCAUUCAAGAUAUCUUCACCGAAGCCCUCAUGUCACAUCCUCACCUAUCGCUCCCUCGCAAGACCGCCCUGGUUCGUGCCAUCAGCAAGAUCAUCUGGAUCCAGAACGACCUCUUCGCCAAGUGGAGAAUCAGGGAUGGCGAAGAGUAUGCCGAUGAGAUGUCGGAGAUUAUGGUGGACGACAAAGAAGGGUACCUGGGCGACAAGAAGAUCCUGGGUGACAACAGCAGCACCUCCGCAAGCUCGAGUGAGGAUGACCGCUCAAGCAUUCACAGUGGCACGGUCCCUACUUCCACCCCGGCAUGCCCCUUUGCAGACAUGGCAAAGCCCGCGUCGGAAACCAAGAUUUGGGCCGGCUCUAACUGA